ACCUUGACGUCACAUCUGACGUAUCAAAACUGAGCGAAAGUAAAUAAACAAACAAAAGCACCUAGGUGAAAACUUCGAGGUAGAAACGUGGUCCCCCUACCAAGGGAGUGAUGAAAGUGAGGUUGAGAAACUAGUUUCGAAUCAUUACCGAUCCAAACGCAUCGAGUCCACCAUCCUCAACAUUCGUCCACAUUCACCCGUCUUAAUCACGUGCGGUUCACUUUCUGCCUUUCUUUCACCAUGCCGCUAUUCAAAAAUAAAUGGGAAGUGCCCGAUGAACUCAUCACGCAGCUGAGGAGCAGAUUCUUCGAUGAGCUCAGAUCAGAUGAAAAUCUUUACCAUCCGGAUGAUAUUGAGCGAGUGAAGGAUAACGAUUGGUUCAUUGGCAGAUACCUUCUGCACAUGGAAAAGGAUGUAGAAAAAGCAUUUAACAUGCUGACUGAGUCCCUCAAGUACCGGAAAGAAUAUGAGAUUAACACCUUGAGGAAGAAGGAUCUCCCUAAAGAAUAUUUCGAUGCAAGAGCCAUCUUCAUUUACAACAAGGACAAGAGAGAUCAUCCAGUAGUGGUUGUUCGCUGUAAAACUCACGUAAAAAAAGAGGAGACUCGGAGACAACAGUUGCAGUAUAUGCUUUACUGGAUAGAAAAAGCUGUGAGGUCUGCAGAUUGGGGAGCCGUCAGUGUUCUGUUUGAUUGUACAGAUUCGGGGGUGGGCAAUGUGGAUCUAGAUAUGAUGCGUCAUUUGUUUGAAACUUUUAAGAAAUAUUAUCCAUGGUGUUUAAGUUAUUUUAUGGUAUACAAUAUGCCAUGGUACCUGUCAGCUGUGUGGAGAAUUAUCAAGCAAUGGAUACCUCAGAGGCAUGUGUCAAAAAUCACCUUUGUGGAUGCAAAUGGUCUGAGGGAUUUCAUACCUGAAGAUCAACUUCCAGUAUGCAUGGGUGGAACGAGUACAAAAAUGUAUGAACCGAAGGAAGGGUUCAAAGACGGAGACGAGAGCGAAUAACAGCUCACGUGAAGAAUUUUCAGACCUAUUCAAUAGUGAUAAAUAUAAAUAUGUAUUGAGUCUAAAAAUGAUUUUUGUUUCCUUCUUGAUUUUAUGCAGCUGAUAUAUUUCUUUAUCUAUGCUAUUUAUUUUAUCAGUGUGCGAGAAUAUAGGAACAGUUCGUCUCUUUUGAUAGAUCAGGAUAAAAGGCCAUGUCUUUUACCAAAUAAUUUAGUAGCUUGACAGCAAGAUUUUCAUUUUAAAUUCUUUUCUUUUCACUUUUUUUUUUGUCAUAUAGAGUCUUAUAAUAUAAUAAUCGAUGAUUAUUUAUCGAAAUCAAUGCAUAUUUUGGUAAAUCAGAUGAAUUUUUCUAUCACGUUACUUAAAGUUUUUUUUUAAAUAUAGCAGCUUUUCCAUAGUUGCUUUAAAGAGUCCAAAAAAAAAAUUUUUUUUUUUGGGUUUUAUUGUGUCAAAUAAAACAAAAACGAUUCCUUAAAAUAGAAAGAUAGAUUUUUUUAACUUCUAUUUUUUUCUUUUAAGAAACUUUUGUGGGAGCACAAAAUAUGCAAAUUAUAAUGAAUACAAUCAAAAAUAUAUGUGAAAUAAAAAUAAUUUUUUAAAAAAUUUCUCAUUUAAAUUCCUAUCUAAACCAAAUAUCUAAAUAUUAAAAAAUUUUAUCAAUUCUGUAAAAAAAAGGAACUAGAGACAUUUGAAUUUAUAACUUAAAAAAGACAAAUUAUUUAAAUGCGUUUUUACUUCAAAAUAAUUUUCAAAUGAUUAAUGUAUCACAUAUUAAAUACUCCUUUUAAAUCUAGUAAAAUAAAUAUAACCUUGAAAGGCAUUAGCAGAAACACUUUUAAAAAAUUGCAGCUAAAUUUUUGUAAACACAAAAUUUCACCUUAAUAUUUUAUUCAAAUAAAAAUCAAAUUUAUUUCUUUUUUAGUAAAAUAAAUUACUAUGAUAUUACUUCAUUUAUUAUUAGUUUCUGUUGCAUUCUGUUUAUAUAAAAUAAAAUUACUUAGUUUAACAUAAAAAUGAAAACAUCAUAGAAUGUCCCAUUAUGAAAACAAAUAUAUUUUUCUCUGUUACUUUAUUUUUGUAAUCAGAUAAUUUUUAUGCCAACAUAUCUAGCUGGACUUGAAGAGAAGUGAAAUGACUAGAAUAGUAUUUUGGUAUUUAUGAGUUACCACUUUAGAAUUAUUGAAAUAAAUAAAUUUAAUACAAAUCCAAUUUCUUUUUACAAUACACUCAACAAGCCUGUAAAUAUUUAAUAGAAAAAAUGGAUAUCUUUGAAUCAGUUUUGUACUUCAUUUCAAUAAUGACAGGAAAUGAACAGUACAAUUCAUUGCAAAAGAAGUGAUAUGUUGCAUUUUAAUAUUAUAUUAUAUUGUUACUACCAUUGUUAUUGGUUAUGUUUUAUUUUGUAAAUAAACUUGUAUAUUCAGAAACAUA